CAUAAAGCCAAUGACUGUACUCAGGGCAAAGUGCAGCCAGGAAGCCGCUUCUGCACAACUUUGUCUUCCAUGAUUUCGAACGCACGCCAUAAUGCAGCAGUAUUAUGGCAAAUUCCCGAUUCGGCUGUGCCUCUCCCCGAUUGCCGUCUUGUUUUUUUUGGCAUUUUGUAUCACACCUGUAAAAUUACACCCACAAUGUCUGGAUUUUAAGCCACCGUUUCGACCGAUAAAGGAAUUGGAGUUUUGCGUAAUGUACAAGGAGUUUGGCUGCUGCGAUUACCAGAAAGACCAGGAGCUGAUGUCGAAGUACUACCAUAUUGUGGAUAAUUUGGAUUAUUAUGGGUAUGCCAAUUGUGCUGGGUUCAUCCUUGAACUGCUCUGCCAGGAAUGCUCUCCCUAUGCAGCUCACCUCUUUGAUGCUGAGGACCCUAGCACCCCAGUCAGGACCAUCCCUGGCCUCUGUCCAGACUACUGUUCCCAGUUUUGGAGGAAAUGUCGUUCUGCCAUCCCACUCCUGUCUGACCACCCGCACAUAGCCAAAGUCAAAGGAGACCAGGCACAGCUCUGCCAGUACCUGGAACUAGAAGACAUGGACUACUGCUACCCAAACCUUCUCAGCAACCAGAAACUCACACAGAACUUGGGUCGAGUUCAGUCAAACUUGGACGGCUGUCUGCAGCUGUGCUUGGAAGAGGUUGCGAAUGGGCUACGGAACCCACUAGCCAUGGUACACGCCAAUGAUGGCACACAUCGUUUUUUUGUGGCAGAACAAGUGGGCUUGGUGUGGACGUACCUUCCUGACCGGUCCAGAAUAGAGAGACCUUUUUUGAAUAUUACCAAGGUUGUUUUAACGUCAUCAUGGGAAGGCGAUGAGAGAGGCUUUCUGGGACUCACCUUUCACCCCAAGUUCAAGCAUAACAGAAAGCUGUAUGUGUACUACACAGUAGAGGUGGGAUUUGAUGAGAGGAUCAGGAUCAGUGAGUUCCAUGUGUCAGCCAAUGAUAUGAAUAUGGUGGAUCACACCUCUGAACGGGUUAUCCUGGAGAUAGAUGAGCCAGCAUCAAACCACAAUGGAGGGCAACUUCUAUUUGCUGAUGAUGGCUAUUUGUACAUUUUCACUGGAGAUGGUGGAAUGGCAGGAGAUCCAUUUGGGAAAUAUGGGAAUGCCCAGAACAAGUCAGCUCUAUUGGGUAAAGUUCUCCGAAUUGAUGUAGAUGACAAUGAGAGAGGCCCGUUGUACAGAAUUCCUCCAGAUAACCCCUUCACACAAGAGCAGGGGGCACGACCUGAGAUUUAUGCUUACGGUGUCCGGAAUAUGUGGAGGUGUUCUGUGGACCGGGGAGAUCCUCACACCAAAGAAGGCAAAGGACGUAUCUUCUGUGGGGAUGUUGGACAGAACAAGUUUGAAGAGAUUGACAUCAUUGAGAAAGGUCGUAACUAUGGCUGGAGAGCCAAAGAAGGCUUCUCCUGCUAUGACAGGAAGCUGUGUCGCAACAGCUCGUUAGAUGAUGUCCUGCCCAUUUAUGUAUACUCUCACAAGAUGGGGAAGUCAGUGACUGGUGGCUAUGUGUACCGAGGCUGUGAAUAUCCCAACCUGAACGGCAUGUACAUAUUUGGAGACUUCAUGAGCGGUCGUUUGAUGAGUCUACAGGAGGACGCAAACACAGGGCAAUGGAAAUACAAUGAGAUCUGUAUGGGGAUGGAGUCGACUUGUGCCUUUCCUGGACUCAUCAACAAUUACCACCAGUACAUCAUCUCCUUUGCAGAGGAUGAAGCUGGUGAGCUGUACUUCAUGUCGACUGGAAUACCGAGUGCUACGUCACCUUCAGGAGUUGUGUAUAAAUUGGUUGAUCCCUCAAGACGUGCUCCCCCGAGACAUUGUCACUAUGAUCCUCUUCCUGUCAGAGUGAAGAGUAACCUAAUCAAAUUUGUUCCGCAAGAAACAUUAAUCAAUGUCGAGCCACCAAACAAAAACAAGCUUGAACUACAACCCACAGAGUCCUACAACUGGCUUCAAGAGCUGAUUGACCAUAUAGGUGAAGUAGGUUCACACCCAGCCACCCCUUUGCCAAACCCAACUGCUACCAAACCACCCAGACAUUCAAGGCGAAAAGGCAGACGCAGAAAGGGCAAAUCCAGGGUGCAGAAUGUGCCAGAGCUCCAGAAUGGAGCGGUGAGGCUUGUUGGGGAUGAACAUGGCCGCAAUGACCACGGACGGGUGGAGAUCUACAUUAAUGGAGAGUGGGGCACUGUGUGUGAUGACCUGUGGACCAUCAAGAAUGCUGCGGUGGUUUGUCAGCAGCUUGGCUUCUCGCAUGCUCUAAAGGCAGCAAAGAGCUCAGAGUUCGGGGAGGGCAAAGACCUGCAAAUACUUCUGGAUGAUGUUCAGUGUGAAGGGAUGGAAUCCAGCCUCUUGGACUGCAAACAUGCUGGUGUCGGGAUACAUAACUGUGCUCAUUAUGAAGACGUUGGGGUGAUCUGUGGCAGCUCGAACUACACCAUAGAAGUCUGAAUGUUUGUGAAGUCAGAACAGAGCCAGUAACUAAAUCCACCCAAGAUUAAACCCUUUUAAAAACAGAUCUUUUCAGUAUAUUCUUGGUGUAGAAUUUUCUCAUUCCAAUGAAUGAGCACGCCAAACAGACCACAAAUUUGUGCCAUAUUUCCAACAGCUACAAUGGAGUUAAAUAACAUAUGACCUACAGUGUAUUUUCUUGUUAGUUCAUUACAGUAAAGAAAGGAGAAGAAAGAUAAAGGAGAAAACUUGUAGAACCCAAGGCAACCACAGUGCACUGUGGCACAAUUUAAUAGAAUUUACAGGUGAUUGUAUAACGUUCAAGAAAUCACAAUCUAAAGCAGGACGUGAUGUAUGUUGAGGGAACAUCAGCAGAGUCAAUCCUUGUACUAAAUUCAGUUCAAUUCAAUUCAAAUUGAGUGCGUGAGAGAAG